AAUGAAAGCAACACGCGCUCAACUCACUUCAGAAACACGGAUCCAGCAGUUACUUUGAUUACAGUCAAAAUGCGCGUGCAGUUUUUAAGCAUAUUGUUUCUCGUCUAUGUUGUUUAUGGAAAGAAGAUCAGAAAUGCAGACGACAAAACGAGAUAUAAUAGCUGUGACGAUGUGUUCCGGAGCGGCUAUUAUAACGUCUCGGGCAGCUACAAUGUCUUUCUAAACAGUACAGAACCAUUUCAGGUGCAUUGUGACUUUGCUGCUGGGAGAACCGUUGUACCCAUCAUGCAGCAGAAAUAUGGCCACAUUUCAUUUAAGCGCUAUUUUCGUGAUUAUGUUAUCGGGUUCGGGAAUCAAGCGCUUGGUGACUUCUGGUUAGGUCUGGCAAGAAUAAAGACACUCACAGACAAUGGCUAUCGUGUCCUAACUGUUACGAUGCAGGACUGUGAUUACCAGAUCAAAGUUCUCCGUUAUAACUACUUCUUUCUCGGUCCGGCACAUCAACGUUACCCACUCCAUAUUGGUGGUUACGUCUCUAGCCAUGUUCUUCCCGACGACUUCGGCUACAACAACGGCAUGCCAUUCUCCACCAUGGACCGUCCGGAUGUUCACAGUUGUGCUAUUUACCAGAAAGGUGGAUGGUGGUACAACCAUUGUACACUUACACUCCCGACGGGGCAUUACUACGCCGGAUGCUACUACAAGCCGUCGGGAAAGUUUUAUGACGGCAUUUACUACAAAGACUGGCAUGGUUUUGGGUAUUCGAUGAAAUAUUUCAAAAUGGAACUGUCUAACUUUUAAAACCGACAUUAAAAUAGUAUUCUCGUUAAAAAACAAACAUUAAAAAAACAGCUUCUGUAAAGAAAAUAUACAUGCAUGAAUUAUUUAAGACAUGUCUAUUUGGUGUUUGCGUAACUAAAUUUAUGCUGCUUAAAUAAAACAAAAUAUUGCAGAA